UAAAGCUCACUAUGUUUGAAUCCCGCCGCGGUUUGUUCGCGUUGAACCCGAACACACAGUCUGACCCGAACACACAGACAGAGAGGCUUCGGAAUAAAGUUCAUUUAACGCGUUAUUACUGCGCACACUUCGCUCUUCGUGCUAGCUUUCACGUGCUUCUGGCUAGCGGCGGAACCAUUGUUUGUUAGCAUGCUUGCUAACCUUCACUGCUGGUUUGUCUGCAGGUGUAAACGCACUACAGGUGAACAGGGACACAUGUCAAACAUAUCUCUUUAUAUAUCUAUAAAGGUGAACUUAAUAUGAAGUCUUUAAACUUCUCUUGCAGUUUAAAGAUAUUCACUUAACAAUAAUACAAACACAGAACAGCAGAUUCAUUUGUUAUAUAUAUUACUCAAAAUGAUAAAUGGAUCAGAAUUGUUGAUUUCCUUUAUGUUUAUACAGAAUAAACAAUGAUGUCAGCCGCCAACCAAACAUUAAAGAAGACUUCAUCCUGCUGUUGAUUCCUCUUCUUCCUCCUCUUCAUCCUUCUUCAUUGUAGGGUUCCAACACAUGAACCUGUGUCAUCACAAGACUUCAGAGCUGAUUCAUUGAGUUUCACUUUGAUACUCAAUGAAUCAGCUUUACAGAAAGAUUCUUCUUAAACGUGAACGUUAAAUAAAUGAUGUGCAGAUUAGUGGAUGGUGUCGCCGCCUGGGAAGGAGCUCCUCUCAUGAGAAGUGUUUCCUGUUUGUUUCCCUGCAGAAGAUGUCGGCGACUUGUCCCCUCGUUUCUCUUCAUUCACACUCGCACCAGCAGAGCAUCCUGAGCAGAUUCAACGAGCUGAGGAGGAGAGACGUCCUGUGCGACGUCACGCUUGUGGUGGAGGACGUGCACUUCAAGGCACACAGAGUCCUGCUGGCCGCCAGCAGCGAGCACUUCUCUGUCAUGUUCAGGGCGGAGCCUCAGAGCGGGCAGGCGACCUGCCGGCUGCACGGCGUGUCUGCAGAGAUGUUUGCAGCCGUGCUGGAGUUCAUCUACAGCGCGCAGGUGUCUGUGCUGGAGGGCGCCUCGCCGCGGCUCCUCGCCGCGGCUCGUCUCAUGGAGGUCAGCGACCUGGUGGAAGCGCUCACGGAGCUCCCGCGCUCUGCGGAGGAGGCUACAGGUGAGGAGGCGAAGGUAGACGCACCUGAGGUGCCAGAUCUGUCCAAACGCAGAAGAGGACGACCAAAGAAGAAUGUAGCAGAGCCGGAGGGGAGAGGUGCAGCGUGCGGGCGCUCCGAGGACGAGCAGUGUGCUGAGGCAGCGACAGACUCGCAGCCUAAAGACGAGACGGAUUAUAACCCAGGACUCCACCAGAGCCGGCAGAGCAAACGGAAGAUCAGGCCCCCCGUGAAAUACAAGAGCUACAAGGUGAGCAGCGACACGGCAGGAAGCAGAGAGCCGGGGAAGAGAGGCAGGAAGAGGAAGUACCCCGACACGGAGGCUCGCUGCGACGACUGCAGCAAAGUGUUCAAGAACCACCUGUUCUUAAAGAUCCACCAGAGGACUCACACAGGAGAGAAGCCUUUCCAGUGCCUGGUGUGUGUGAAGGCUUUUACACAGAAGCACACGCUGCAGGUGCACCAGCGCAUGCACACGGGAGAGAAGCCGUUUGUGUGCAACGUCUGCUGCAAGGCGCUCUCCACCAAACACGCCCUGCAGGAGCACAUGAACCUGCACCAAGGUUACACACGUUACACACGUUAUACACGCUGUACUGCACGUUACACACGUUACACACGUUAUACACGCUGUACUGCACGUUACGAGAUACAUCCGGCAGCUGGGAUAAAUGGGGAAAGAGGCAAAUCAUUACCAGAAUGUGUUCAGUGUCAUCACAAGUUCAUGGACACGGCUCAGCUGAAGAAGCACCUGAGAACUCACACAGGUGAGAAGCCUUUUACCUGCGAGAUCUGUGGGAAGUGUUUCACAGCUAAGAGCACGCUGCAGACUCACAUCAGGAUCCACAGAGGAGAGAAGCCGUACGACUGCAGCCUCUGCAACAAGUCCUUCUCAGACCCGAGCGCCAGACGCAGACACGUGUCGUCCCACUCGGGGAAGAAACCCUUCACCUGCUCCUUCUGCAGCCUCUCCUUCACCCGCCUGGACAACCUGAAGACGCACACCAAGUCACACAACAAGGAACGAGCGGCGCCAUCAGAGGAAGCCGCUGCGCCGCCGGAGGACGUGCGGAACAUCCUGCAGCUGCAGCCGUACCAGCUGCCCCCCAGCUGCGAGCAGGAGAUCCAGCUGGUGGUGACGGGAGACGACAUCAACUUUGUGCCGGGUCAGAACCAGGAGAUCCUCAUCACUGAGGGGCAGGCGGCGGCCCCCUCCAGACUCACCCUCCUCACCCAGUCGGCAGGAAAUGUGGCUCAGAGCGGCGGCGUGGACCCGAGCUCCCACAUCCAGACUCUGAGCGUGCUGGAGGGCCCGGCGCAGCAGCCCGAGCAGAUGCACGUCAUCACUCUGAGUAAAGAGGCCAUGCAGCACCUCCAGGCGCACCACGGCCCCCCGCAGCCCCUCCAUGUCGCACAGCGGCCCGUCCAGCAGCUGCAGGUGCUGCACCAGCCGCUGACCGUGGACGCCUCGCAGGGGCCGGGGGGCCGCGAGCAGCACGGCCAGGCCAUUCACAUCAGCAGCCAGAGCAGCCAGCCCAUCUCCAUCAGCCAGACCAGCGAGCAGAUCUCCAGCCACCACAUCCAGGGACAGACCUUCCAGAUCCAGGCAGGGACCGUGUCCUACCUGUACACCACCGGUGACCACAGCUGAAGCUGCAGGAGAGCUGAAGCUGCAGGAGAGCUGAAGCUGCAGGAGAGCUGAAGCUGCAGGAGAGCUGAAGCUGCAGGAGAGCUGAGGCUGCAGGAGAGCUGAGGCUGCAGGA